GGAGACAACACAGAGGUGAAGAGAGUUCCGGACACCUUCGCAAUAGGACAGGAGAUUGAGUUUUACUAAACAGGGAAGCCAGAUCAGCCUCAUCAGCAGCAGACAGGAUGCAGCCUCCUCCUCGCAAAGUGAAGGUUACUCAAGUGGUCAAAGUGCAUUUUGGGGAACAGCUAUCGACCCUCCAAACAAAGCAGCAGCAGGACACAGAACUCCUCGAGGAUAUCAGGUCAUUCUGCAAGCAGAGAGCAGCUAUUGAGAAGGAAUAUGGACAGGCAUUACAGAGACUGGCAGGUCAGUACCUCAAAAGAGACUGGCAUCGUGGGAAAAAUGAGACGAGUGAAUGCAGGAGUGUGUUUUCCGUGUGGAAAUCCAUGGUUGAAGGCAUUUCAUUUAUUGGACAAACCAGAGUUACAGCUGCAGAAAACUACAGAAAUCUGACUUCUGAAGCUGCAAAAACAGCAAGAACUGCAAAGGAACAACUGCUAAAAAAGAGCAUUGAACAGCUUUUGAGAGUUCAGAAUGAACUACUUGAGACAGUGAAAGAAGUCAGCAAAACCAAGAAACGUUAUUCCCAUUUAGAGCGUGUGAGUGAGGUGGCGAAGGAGAAGGCUGCAGAUGCUGAAGCUCGGUUAAAGAAAAGUGAUCAUGGACUCUUUCAGUCAAAAGCCAGCCUACAGAAGCUCAGUGUUAAGUUCUCAACUCAGCUGGUGGAUUGUACUCAGCAGCUCGCUGAGGCGAGGAACGAAUAUCUUUUAUCUCUAGCGGCAGCCAAUGCCCAUCUGGAUCACUACUACCUUACACACCUCCCUGCUAUCAUGAAGUGCUUAGACGGGGAUCUUUAUGAGAGGCUGAGAGAUUACCUUACACUGAUCAGUAAGACGGAACUUAAUACCUGCAAGUCAACACAAGAGCGAUUUCGAGACAUUCUAGAAGUAUCAAAUCAGAUUUCUCGCCAGCACAACCUCCAGCUUUUCUUAAAAGAUACCAAUCUUUUCUCUCCAACACCUGCCCAGCAGUUUCAGCCAGCAGGAUUGGAUAAGGUAUCUCAUUUGGAAAAGCUCACAAAAGGCCCAAAUGCAGAGAAUGUAUUGGAUAAAGAAGCUCGAAGAUGGACAAGCAGAGCUGCAAGGGAUUACAAAAUGAAAACCCAUGGAGAACGGAUUUUGCAAAGGUUGGAAACCAGAAGAUUGACUGCGUCUGAAGAAGAGGUUCCCAGCAUGGAUCUGAAAAUAGAUGAAGUGAAGGAGAGUGUGAGAAAAGCUGAAGUCAGUAAGGUAAAGGCUGAUGCCCGGGUGGAGCUGUUACGUCACGUUGGCGUGGAUGUAGAUACAUGGCUGUCUGGCGCCAUGAUUCAAGCGGAUGAGGAGCUAGAGCAAGAAAGACGUCUGAGUGAAGCCAGAAUGUCUAAUGGAGAAUUAUCGCCAACAAUGGAAGAUUUCGAUUUCUCAGAGUUUGAUGAAUGUGAAGACAAUGGUGAUAUUUUUGAGGAAUCCAGUUUAAAUUUGAGUAGUUCUCGUCCCUAUCCAUCUCCCUGUCAAGUGCUGUACAGUUACCAGGCGUCUCAGUCAGAUGAACUUACUAUCACCCAGGGAGAGCGGCUGGAGGUAAUUGAAGAUGGCGAUGUUGAAGAGUGGGUUAAGGCUCGGAACAAGGCUGGACAAGUCGGCUAUGUCCCAGAGAAGUACAUUGCCUUCAUUAAUAAUUCUGCUGUUAACCAGAGAGUUGCAGAAUUGACAAAUUUCAGUCACCUUGGUGGGCCUUCCUUGGAGAAAACAUCUUCAGUAUUAUCAGAGUUUAACUGGAAUGAUCCUGGAGUGCAUCUUGCUAGAGCUCUUUAUGAUUAUGAGGGUCAGAGUGAAGAAGAACUUACAUUUCCAGAGGGAUCAAUAAUUCAGAUCAUUCGCAAAGAAGAGGGUGGUGUGGAUGAUGGGUUCUGGAAAGGGGAAUUUAAUGGUCGAGUUGGAGUGUUUCCAUCAUUGGUGGUAGAGGAACUGAAAAGUGAAGAAUCAGAAGUAAAUCAGGAUCUCCCAUCUCCAGCUCCACCUCCUUUCUUGCCACCCAUGAUUAGUCCAUUUGCAAACCAAAGAAUACAACUUCAAGGACCUACACCUCCAACAGAGCCAGAUUCCAGACAUGAAGGUUCAGGGAGUUCUCAGGGUUCUCCCGAUUUUGCAGGCACACGACUGAGACCAAUGAGAGCUGCACCUCCACCCCCAUCAAAAACAUCUGAAACUGGAGCAGUAGAAGAUUUUUCCUGAUCUCGCUGGCUUUUUUUUUUGUCCUGGGCUAAACUGAAAUCUGUGAAUUGAUUCCUGCAUGCAAUACAAAACUCACCACCCAAAAACUUUACUACAGCUUAUGAAGAACUACUGAGAUAACAAGGGAUAUGCAGAACAUGUAGGCCUUGUAUACAUCUGAAUUCUCAAAGCCUUGUUCCUGGGGAUAUGUGCCUAUAAAAAGAAAAAGCUUUCAUACCAAAGAGACUGAAAUACUUUUCAAAAGAACCAGUAUUUAAUGAGAAGGCAACCUAAAUGUGACCUUUAAAUCUUACCAAAGAGACUGAAAUGCUUUUCAAAACAACCAGUAUUCAAUGAGACUGCAUCCAAAAUGUGAUCUUUAAAUAGACUUUAAUCUGCAGUACCU